CUGAAUAUAUUCUGUGAAGAUGCUUAGAAUCUUUCAGGCGUCUGCAGCGAACACUCCCAGAGGGGUCCUUCCUCCGCUGUGUGAGCACGUGUCCUGCAGACGCCGCAGCAGAUCACCGUUAACGGCGCCACGAUGAUGGGCAGCAAACCGAGCACGAUCGCUGCGGGGGUCUGCGGCGCUAUCUUCAUCGGGUACUGUAUCUAUUUCGACAGAAAACGACGCAGCGAUCCGAACUUCAGAACCAGACUGCGUGAACGGAGGAAGAAGCAGAGAGCUGCUCAGAAUAAAUCUGGACUCGCUGAAUUGCCAGAUCUUAAAGAUGCGGCAGCCGUGCAGAAGUUUUUCCUGGAUGAGAUUCAGCUGGGCGAGGAGCUGCUGGCGCAGGGAGACUAUGAGAAGGGUGUUGAUCACCUGACCAACGCCAUCGCCGUCUGCGGCCAGCCACAGCAGCUCCUUCAGGUGCUCCAGCAGACUCUGCCUCCUCACGUCUUCCAGAUGCUGCUCACCAAACUACCAACCAUCAGUCAGCGGAUAGUAAGUUCUCCGAGUCUGGAGGAAGAUGACGUGGAGUGAAGCGUGGCCUGAUCUUCUGGUGUUUCAUUCCUGUGUUUGUUUGCACACUCAUCCUGAUCUCUGCACUCUGUCUGGUCAUAGUUUGCAGUAUCGUAGUUCAUAUUAAAAGCCAUUCCAAACAUGAUUUCUUAUAACAAUCACAGAUCUUUGAAUACAAACGAAAGCAUCAAAGUAAGAGUUGAAUGUUUUUCUGGUUAUAAGGUCAUCAUGUUACAGACACGAACACAAAGCAGUGCUGAUCUAUCUGCAGUUUAAUCAGAUGUUUUUGUGUAUAAAUCGUUUUGUGUGUGAAAGUGUUUUGGGUACAUUUAUUAAUUUGUAUGCACUGAACUUUAAAAAUCAGUUAUUCAUUAAAUACUUUAAUCAUGAA